AUGGCCAAUCUAAAUCCAGAACAUUACAACACAGCCAACAGCAUACAAGUUGACCAGGGUAGUGUGAUGAUUAAUCAAAUCUUGCUGGAUCAUCCGACACGAAUUUUUUCUCUCAUAAUGGACAUCGGCUGUGGAACUGGUAACGUGACGAAUGCCCUACGAGAGAAAAUUCCGCACGAGAAAUUCCAUGCUUUUGACAAGGAUCCAGAUAUGAUUGCUUUCGCUGUUGGAAAUAACCAGAGUCCCGACACGAUUACCUACGUCAUCGAUGACAUCGCCACCCCAUGGGAAAACCUUUGCCAGGAAACUAAAUCCUGCGAGGGGCAGGUCGACCUCGCCUUUUCUAAUUAUGUCCUCCACUGGAUAACCGACAUUCAACAGGUCAUGGAAAACUUGACCCGCUUAUUGAAACCGGGUGGCGUCUUCUACUUAAAUGUGAUCGGGAUGCGACCAAUUUGCACUUUAUUGCCAGAAUCCUUAAAAUAUUUGAAGUUAGGAACAAUUCAGUCGCAACUCGAGGAAAUGGUGGUUGCAUUAAAAAAUGCGGGAUUAAGGGUCAAUCGUCACCAUAUUAUUGAAGAUAAGUGGCAUUGUCGGAGUGACAAAGAGUACGCGACUUUUUUAAAAAUUGUUCCAAACUGUUACUUGGUUCGUAUUGAGGCUCAAGUUUGGAAAAGUAUCGAUACACAGGAAAGAGAACGGAUGACCGGGGAGAUAGCAAAGGCUGCGCAUAAAGUUUAUGAGAUGGAUGCCGUCAAAGUUUUUGAGGAGGGGCAGGAUUCGUAUGGAAUUAGUUAUAAUGGCUUUAGGGUUGAAGGGAUGAAGGAGGCGAUAAUAGAUUCACAAUCAAAGUAACGGAGUGUAAAAAAUAUACGAUGCAAGGAAGCCGGUCUUGUUUCGUGUAGCUGGAUUUUAUUAAAAGAAUAACAAAUUUAGAUAAUGUUAAUGUAGACAUGUGGGAGCAUUUAUGGGUGAAGAGAUUUAUGUAAAUAACACAUAUUAUUCAUAUAUAUUUAUUAAAUAUAAUUGCACUUUUGCACAGAGUUGUGCUAAAUAAUGAAUGAAUUAUUUAAAUAACAAAUAAUUUUUGUUCUCAGAAUUAUGUAAUUUAUAAA